UCAGAUGAUGUCUGCAGUGAACAUCUCCCUAGCACACACCUCAAGGGUGGCUUCAAAAAUAUCUGUAUAAUACCAUGGAGAUGGUUGUCGAUCGGGAGAAUAUAUUUUUGCUGGAUAAAAUCCCGGUGGCGAAUUCGGGCCUCCAACCUUUGUGAUAGGACUAUACACAUAUGUAUCAUCAUAUGUAUAUGUAUCAUCAAAAGCUAUCUAAAUCAACUCCACCCGUCUUUGACUCAUCACAAGUGUAAGCCACGACUCAAAUGCUUUAUAUCCUAUCACAUAGAUGGUUACAUCAUCGCUGACACCUGCACAGCUUUCAAGAAUUGAUUCGUAUGUGCAGAAAGCUAUGAGCUGUAGGAAUGUUCCUGGUCUAUCGUUAUCCGUUGUUCAAAAUGAACAGCCGAUUAUGGUGAAAGGAUAUGGCUGGGCGAAUGUGGCUCAAAGGACACAAGCCACUAAUAAGACUGUAUUUUGUAUAGCAUCAGUGAGUAAACAUAUCACUGCAGCUGCACUCGGUACAUUGAUGAAUUCAAAUGAACCAAAAGGGCCUUCUUUUAAGAGUAAAGUUAAGGACAUCCUGGGUGAUGAGUUCCAACUGGCGGAUAAAGACCGCGAGGGCAAAAUAACAAUCGGGGACCUCCUAUCCCACAGAACUGGAAUGGGUCGGGCAGGACUGCCUUUUAUGAUGGGUGGAUACAACAAGACAGAACUGUUUAGGAGGAUGAGAUUUGUGCAACCUAUCCGGGAAUUCCGCGAGGAGUUUCAGUAUAAUAAUAUUAUGUAUGCCGUGGCCGGAAAGGUGGCCGAGAAACUGCAUGGAGGCGGAAAAUCAUACGAAGAUAUCGUUAUAGAUAAUUUAUUCAAACCUUUAGGUAUGGGCGAUGCAACAUUUUUGUCACGUGAUCCUGCACGCUGGAAGCGUGAUUUUGCCCAACCGUACUUCAUGUUGGGGAAUAUAACUGCGGAACAAAGCAUGGAAGUAUUGAGACCCGCUGGUGAUAUUACAGCACCCGCUGGUGCAGUUUGUCUCCACUCGGAAGAUAUGGCGAAAUGGCAACAAUUUCUACUAGCUAGGGGUAAAAAUCCAGCCGGUCAAGCACUUCUGCAAGACAGCGUCUUCAAUGAGCUGGUCAAGGACUGGAUCCCUGUACAUAAUUCCCCAAACAGACAAUACCCCGCCCUUCGACCAUUCGAUCCUGUUACCAAGAGCAGGGACAACUAUGGUUUAGGACUGUAUACAGGAUAUUACAGGGGUUAUAGGCUAUAUUUCCACGCCGGGUUCAAGUUUGGGUUUACCAGUCACUUGAUGGUGUUCCCUGAUCUCAACAUUAGCAUCAGUACCUCGAACAAUAACUUUCAAGGAGGGGCGAGUUCAGUCCACUCCCCAAUACACAUGUUUAUAACUGAUAUCCUUUUGGGCCUCUCUCCGUGGUGGGACGAAUCAAAUAUAUGCCCCACUGGGGUACUAAGUGAACAAGAACCGCAAGAACCCUCCGAUUUAGCUCAAUUUGGUGCGACGUUUCCACGGCCAAUAACUACUAAAAAGGGCAGCAUGAGGCCUCUGAAGGAAUAUGCCGGAAGCUACGGGAGUUACGCUCAGGGGCAGAUGGAACUUAAACUUGUAAAUAUCACAGAUAUUGGCGAAGCAAUUCAUGGCACUUAUGGAACAAUUGGAGACAUUCUUCUUUUUCAAUCAGGGCAACGAGAUGUACUGGUUGGACGGGGCCAAAAUAAUAUGAGAUUCGUAGAUGAAAUUGCUAUUUAUUUCUCUGCGAAUAGCACUACAGAUAAUAUAAUUUCAUUGGCAGUACCAAUAGACCCAGAUUCGCCUCCUACAUUUAUCAAGGACCUUAAUUCAGAUGAAUUACCCAAUCCGCCAACGUCCCCACCGCCAGCCACGUGCCCACCAAUAAGGAGCGGUGUGCCAACACAAGGGCCUCUUGGGAAGAGCGUGCUUGUUGCAUUCAUAACGACAUUAAUGGCUUUGUUAUAAGCUAUUUAUGUAUGAAAUUACUUGAACCGAACGUGCAUUAUAAUUAAAAAUGCGGUGUAUAUUAGACGAUCAUUAAGACUAAAGAUACAAAUCCUAGUACGAGGUUCUAAAUUACUAGUACCCAGUACUACCAUGAAAUGGUAUAAUACGUGCAGUGAAUAAUUUUGAUCUAAAUAAUGUCGUUUGUUAUUUUCUGUGAGGGAAGUUAAAGUGUUUAAGCAUGACUGUGGAUUGAUUUUCAUUGUAAUUUCUAUCAAUGCGAUAGAUAAUGUUAUACUGGUUUCUCAUUCAUCGGAAUUUACUUGAACAACAACUGAAGAAGACACUCUGUGUUAGCUCGAGUCUGGCUUUAUGCAAGGUGCUUUCUAUUUCUACCAAAUGAAUCAAAGUGUAACAUACGUGUUUUUGUAGUAAUAAAUUUAUGGAGAGCCGGAAGCUUACAUAUUUCAAAUUUUUAGGAUGCUCGAAAUCUUGUUUAGAUGGCAGUUUUGCCAAAGAAUACAGAUUUUACAAAAAUAUAAAUGUUUGUGUAAUAUACAUAUUAUGUUAUUCACAUCUGCGUAGGGGUCUCCGACCUUGUUAAUUAAACGGAUCUA